AUGAAACUUUGGACUUUUCUUCUCUGGUUUCCCUGCUUUUUGAUUUUUAUCCUGUGUUUGGGGUCUGAGUGCGGGACUGUCCGGAGAAUGGUGAGGUCUAAGAGGGACUUGGUGCGUAUGAGGGAAGCCAGGAGCACCUUCCCAGGGGCUUGUGCCACUCGCCUGCCUCGGGGCAAACGCUCCUUGCCCGGGAUGGAUCGGCACUCGCCCCGCCAGCACCGUCGCUCCUCCCAGGCGGAGCAGAGCUCUUCAGGUCGGGCAAAGGCUGUUUAUUUUACCGGCAGAGGAGAUCAGCUACGACUGAAGCCCGGCGUGGAGGUGCCCAGAGGAAAUUUUACCCUGGAAAUGUGGCUCAAACCAGAAGGAGGGCAACGAUCUCCCGCCGUAAUUGCAGGACUCUAUGAUAAGUGCUUCUAUACUUCAAAUGAUCGAGGCUGGCUGCUGGGAAUCAAGGCUGUGAGUGAACAGGGCAAUCGGGAUCCUCGUUUCUUCUUCUCCCUCAAGACUGAUCGUGCUCACAAAGUCACCUCCAUUACCUCCAAUACGCGUUACCAGCCCAACCAAUGGACCCAUGUGGCAAUCACCUAUAAUGGGCUGCACAUGAAACUGUUUGUGAAUGGUGCCCAAGUUGCUGUGAGUAGGGAGCAGUCUGGUGAGAUCUUCAGUCCUCUUACAAAAAAGUGCAAGGUGCUCAUGAUUGGUGGCAAUGCUCUCAACCACAAUUACCGUGGUGUCGUGGAACAGUUGGACCUGUGGAAGUAUGCACGCUCCCAACAGGAGAUCAGGAAAGAUAUGCGACGUAGAGUCCACGAGCAUCCAGAUGACUUUUCCCUGCAGGUCAUUCAUGAGAACUUCAGUAACAUCUCCCACAAGUGGAUCACUGUGAAAGACGGAAGUUUCCCACAAACAGAGGAUACAGUCAGAGCCUUUGAAGGGGAUUUCGGGGGGUGGCUGGAUACAACUCUGGAGCCACCGCCCUGUGGGCAGACAGUAUGCGACAAUAUAGAGGUGGUGACCAACUACAAUCUGUUUUGGAGUUUCCGGAAGCCCAAGACGGUACGCUACCGUGUGGUGAAUGUGUAUGAUGAGGACCACCGCAGGCCCACUGUCACAGAGCACCAGAUCCAUUUACAGCACCAGCACUUGAACGAUGCCUUCCGCAUGUACAACAUCACGUGGGAGCUCACAGUGCACAAUGUGUACAACUCUUCCCUGAGGAAUCGCCUGGUACUGGCUAACUGUGACAUCAGCAAGGUGGGCGACGAGGAAUGUGAUCUGGAGUGCAACCAUACACUUACAGGCUUUGAUGCCGGCUACUGCAAGAAGCAGAAGACCAGCUGCCCUGAGAAAAAGCAAGGCAAUGGAGAAUGUAACCCAGAGUGCAACUGGGAUAACUACUACUAUGACAGCGGAGACUGCUGCAACCCCAACAUCACUGAUGUCACAAAAACAUGCUUCAACCCUGCAUCACCUCUCAGGGCGUACUUGGAUGUAAAAGAACUGAAGGACAUACUGAAUCUAGAUGGUUCCACGCAUCUGAACAUCUUUUUUGCCAACUCCUCGGAUGAAGACCUGGCUGGUGUUGCCACUUGGCCGUGGGAUAAAGAAGCUUUAACACAUUUAGGCGGAAUUGUGCUAAACCCGUCCUUCUAUGGCACAUUUGGCCACACCCACACCAUGAUCCAUGAGAUUGGUCACAGCCUGGGCCUCUACCAUGUCUUCAGAGGGAUCUCCGAGGUGGAAUCCUGCAAUGACGCAUGCUGGGAGACUGAUCCUUCCUUUGAGACGGGAGACCUGUGUGCUGACACUAACCCCACUCCCAAGUACAAGCACUGCAGGGACCCUGAGCCGGGCAACGAUACCUGCGGCCGACGCCGUUUCACCCACACACCCUUCAACAACUACAUGAGUUAUGCAGAUGACGACUGCACUGACUCCUUCACACUCAAUCAAGUGGCUAGGAUGCACUGCUAUCUGGACCUGAUUUACCAGUCCUGGCAACCAGACAGCAAGCCACCUCCAGUGCCUAUAGCUCCUCAAGUGGUGGAACAGGAGCCAGACACACUCACACUUGAAUGGUUCCCACCAAUUACAGGACACUUCUAUGACAGAGAAGUGGGAUCAGUAUGUGAUAAAUGCACAGAGGGUGGUGUCCUCAUCCAGUAUGCGUCCAACUCCUCAUCACCUCGGCCUUGCGCUCCUUCUGGGCACUGGAGUCCCCGGGAAGCUGAAGGCCCACCAGAUGUGGAGCAACCUUGCGAGCCCAGUGUUCGCACCUGGAGCCCCAAUUCAGGCAUGGACUCCAGCAGUGUGGGCUCCCCACCUUGCCCACUGCAGGGCUGCAUGCUACAGCUGGAGUUUCCUCAUCCACUGGUGCCUGACUCACUUACUGUCUGGGUGACUUUCUUCUCGCCCGAGGAGACCCACCUACCUGCUAUCCACAACAUUCUGCUGCUGACUGUCAGUGGUGACAACGUGUCUUUGGGACCACAUGAUGUCUUCUGUGACACGCCGCUCACUGUCAAGCUCUCCGUGCAGGAGGAGGUGUAUGGAGUGCAGUUCUUCACGACGGAGCCCCACCUGGAGAUUGAUGCCACUCUGCUGACCUCCAAACCUGACUGCCCACUGUGCCGCAGCUGCCAGCCACUGCGCUACCGGCUGCUGCGUCAACCACCCUUCACCCAUGCCCCCCAGGGCCUCCUGCUGUCUGAUCCCAGCCGCCGAUAUGUUGACAGGGAUGUGGAGCCUGGCUCAUUUUACACGUACCAAGUACGUACUGUGUCCAUGAGUGCAGAAAGUGAACCAUCACCCGCUCUCACACACCAGCUGGGUGCGCCUUACUGUGGAGAUGGCCACAUCCAGAAGUCCCAGGGUGAGCAAUGUGACGAUAUGAACUCUGCAAAUGGGGAUGGCUGUUCCAGUCGGUGUAAGAAAGAGCCUUUCUUCAACUGUGUAGAUGAACCCAGCAUAUGCUACUUUUAUGACGGGGAUGGCAUCUGUGAAGAUUUUGAGAGGGAAACUAGUGUGCGGGACUGUGGCCUCUACACUCCCAGUGGGUUCCUGGACCAAUGGGCUACCAAGAUUGAGGUGUCUCAUGAGGAGAAGGUGCUCUGCCCUGCAGAUGUUGCUGUGGGGUACCCAGCGGUCACCAAGAUGUGCCAGUCCAAGGCGUUUGACCUGUCUUAUGGAGUUUCCCAGUACGCAUGGUUCCCUUGUCAAGAGGCUCAGCAACACUCCUGGAACCCUCAAUACUGGCUGAAGGCAUACUACUCUCACCCCAUGGUAGCUGCAGCUGUCAUCAUUCAUCUGGCUGCAGAUGGGACUGGUUACAUUGACCAGACUCAGUGUAAUAUCACAGUUCAGCUGAUCGACACAAUGGAACAGAUACAUAGCUUAGGUGAAUGGCGCCUGAGCUGCAGGAACAAUCCAUUAGUAAUCCCUGUGAACCAUGACCUUAGCAUGGCUUUUUACCGCACAAAAGCCAUAUUGGUUAAGUUCCGUUCUCACUUGGUGGCCAUCUCUGGAGUGGGCCUUCGUUCCUUCCAAUAUUUUGACCCCAUCACCAUCAAUGGCUGCCAGAGUAAUGAGAUAUACAACCCUAUGGGACAGAGUUGUGUACACUACUCCUGUGAGGCCAUCUACUGCCAAGAGCCACUUAUCCGAAAUGCUGAGAUGGUGUGCAGCAGCCCCAGGUACCUCAAUGGGGCUCGCUGCACCGUCACUUGUAACCGUGGAUACGUCCUGCAGAUACAUCGAGACGAUGACAUCAUCAAGACCCAGUCGGACUCCAUAGUUACUAUUACCUGUGCAGACGGAAAGUGGAACAAGCAGGUCACGUGUGAGCCUGUGGAUUGUGGCCGGCCAGACAAGUACCAUGUGCAUCCCGCCAUCUUCCACUUUCCUGAGGGGACAACGUAUGGCAAAAGAUGCACCUUCCAGUGUAAAGAGCCUGCACAGCUUGUAGGCUCUAACAACACCCUGAUGUGUAUGGAGGAUGGCAUGUGGUCCUUCCCGGAGGCACUGUGUGAGCUCCGCUGUCCCACACCUCCCCCGGUGCCCAAUGCUGUCCUGCAAACCAAGCGCUGCAAUUCUACUGGCCUCAAAGUGGGCUCCUUCUGCAAGUAUAAGUGCAAGCCAGGCUACCACGUCCCCAAUACCAACAACCCAAAAAGGCGUGCAUUCAAGAGACAGUGCACAGAGGAUGGCAGCUGGCAGGAAGGGGCCUGUGAACCAGUGACUUGCCCCCCACCGCCACCUGUCUUCCACGACACCUACCACUGCACCAAUGGCUUCAAGUUCAACAGUGACUGCUGGAUCAACUGUGACGGGGACAACCACACGGGUCCCACGACCAAUAUUAUCAGAUGCAGGAAGGAUGGAAACUGGACUGGGUCAUUCAAGGUUUGCCCUCAAAUAAAAGGACAGUGUGCACUCCCUCAGAACCUCAGUCCAACCAUUCGGGUCAGCUGUAAGAGAGGACAUGGUAUAGGUGAAGAGUGUGAGCUAACAUGCAAAGACAGGAACAAUAAUGUGGUCAUUUUGCCCAGCAACACAAGUGUGGAAACAGUUAUGAAGGAUUACUGGUUGAACCCACCCAAAGUUAAGAGUAUUGUGUGUACAAUGGGGCUGAAGUGGUACCCACACCCAGAAACUCUGCACUGCAUUAAAGGUUGUGAGCCCUUCAUGGGGGACAAUUACUGCGAUGCCAUCAACAACCGUGCAUUCUGUAACUAUGAUGGAGGAGACUGUUGCCACUCGACCGUUAAGACUAAAAAGGUGAUUCCGUUUCCCAUGUCCUGCGACGUCCGAGAAGACUGUGCCUGCCGAGACCCCAAUGCCCAGGAACACAGCAAGGGGGGCCGCCUGCGUUCUCUGGGUUGAGUCCAGGGGCUUCCAUGAUGCCUCUCUCUCGUCGGGGGUCCAUCUGGGAGAGACACACAUUCCUUGCUACAUGCUGCUUACAGGAGUACCUCUCCACUCAUAUCGCACCCCUAUACAUUUGCCAACCUGCCUUCUCAUCAGGAAGCAACAGAAAGGACUAAAGUGGGUAUGAAAACAAUUAAUGACAAAAUCACAAUUUUCAGUGAAAUUAGAGAACAAAGUAAUAAAUUAAAUACAGCAAC